AUGACCUCCGUUCUAGUGCUUACCCUCAUUGUGUCUAUAUUGUCGGGAUCGAGCUCUGCGUUACCUGCGGGCGCGGCAAUAUCCAGUCUCCCAAAGACCAAACUUUCCCAGAUUCCUGUUGCAUCUAGCGAUCUGCCUCAGAGCACCGCAGAGACGGCGCAUGAGGUCUCGUUGACACGUACCACCAUCAGAGAGGAGCAGAUACAGGAUUCGAUAAAGGCUUUUUUGUCAAGACAUUUUACACCAAACAAUGUGCGACGGCGCAUUUCUUGGGAUCAGAAUGCCGAGAAAAGAAGCUCGCCGGCAGCUCGCGGUCGUUUCUUCGCUCGACGUAGCGAGCACAACAGGAGGGCAGCAUCCCCAGAGCCUUCGGCUGAUAACAAUCCAUUCGUGUCCACGAAUUCGAACAACACCUUCAUUUCAAAUACAAAUAAUAUCACCAUAUCCCUGAAUGACUCAACACGGACCGUUAGUCCUGCAGAUCGUGAUCCUGGAGAUCUUACCGUUGCAGAUCAAACUGGGGGCAGCUAUUCGAACAGCAUACCCAACCCUUUCUUGAAUACAAAUGUAAUACCAACUCUGGGUCCUUUGCCAAUUCUGUCCACUCUCACUGGGCUAUUUUUCACGGGCACUACUCCAAUUCCUAAUCCAUUCUCCAGUACGGCAGCGGCAACGACGGGGACUGCGACCACAACGGUAGAGGUCUUCACAACCGAAUCAGCUCCUGGAAUUCAGACCCUGCCACCUGUGACCGCGUCAGGAGAGCCUACAGCGGCCGAAACUAUCAGCGGAUUUCAGUCAUUACCACCCACGACGGCAAUCUCAACCCCUGUGGGAGAAGGAGGUGACAUUGAGCCGGUCACCGCACCGGUCACUGUCUCAGAGGAAGCUGCCCCAGCGCCGACAGUGGCCUCCUCGGCGACGACAAGUAUAGUCACCGAUUUGGAAGGCGAUGAACCCCCACCUCCACCACAACAACAAUCAGCGCCUCCACCUCCACCUCCCCCAGCACCACAAGAGCAACCGCCUCCCCUUCCAGUAAUCGUGACGGUAGCGCCUGAAGCAACUGCACCCACUACCGCUGUAGCUGCAGCCGCAACUUCACAGGCACCGCAGGAGCCGCCACCGCCAUUUUCAGCAGCUCCACCAUCUCUGCCAUCUUCACCUCCCGAACCGGCGCCCCAACAACCACCACCAGCGCAACCCCCAGCGACGACACUUCCCGUUAUCGUGACAGUGGCACCCGAAGCAGCACCUCCACCGGCAGAAAGACCAGCGGCGCCAACGGCCACAGAACCAGCAUCAACAGGAAGACCUGGGCCUCCAGCACGCCCUGAGUCUUCCGCAGCACCGCCGUCGCAAGAUAGACCGGAACCUCCAGUACGCCCCGAGUCUUCCACAGCACCGCCGUCGCAAGAAAGACCAGGACCUACCGCACGUCCUCAGCCCUCGAACGAACCAAAUUCGCAAGACAGACCAGAUUCCCCGCCCGGUCCUUCGCGCCCGGGAGACUCUCAAGGCCCGGCAGGAGGAGGAGGAGGAGGUCCACCAGGUCAAAGCAGACCAGGCCCUCCUUCCGGCCAAGGGGGGCCAGGGGGACCAGGUACCCCGUGA